GUUUGAGUCUGACGUGGAUCAGGAAGCUGCUGCUCAGGGAUCGGAGUGCGGGGAGACACGCAGGCAGCGCAGUGAGGCAGCCGGGAAGGGGAGAGCGAAAUGGCACGAGCGAACGGAAGAUCCCAGAACCUGAGGGACAAAUUGGACGGGAAUGAGCUGGACCUGAGCCUGAGUGAUCUGAGCGAAGUGCCUGUUCGGGACCUGGUGGCCAUUCCCAAGGCGACGGCUCUGGACCUUUCCUGUAACAAGCUGACUUCCUUACCGGAUGAUUUCUGCAAUCUGAGUUACAUAGUGCGACUGGAUCUCAGCAAGAAUCAGAUAGCGCAGCUCCCUUCAGAAUUCGGCAGGCUGGUGAACCUGCAGCAUCUGGACCUGCUACAGAACCGCAUAGUGGCGCUGCCUGUCUCCUUUGCACAGUUGAAGAGUCUGAAAUGGCUGGAUCUGAAGGACAACCCACUGAAACCAGCUUUGGCCAAGGUAGCCGGCGAUUGUUUGGAUGAAAAACAGUGCAAAGAGUGUGCCCAAGGGGUUCUACAGUACAUGAAAAGCGUCCAGUCUGAUCACGAGCGAGAGCUACAGCGGAAGCUUCAGUUGGAUAAAGAUCGGAAACAGAGACUUGAAGCCCAGCAGAGGGUUAAAGAGGAGCAGGACAGGGAAUUGAGGAAGAGGAUGAAGCAGCAGCAGAAGGAGCGCAAGAGGAGGGAUUACAAUGCCAUGCAGGAAGCCCAGAAAGCCCUAAAUAAUAAUAAGAAGAAAGCAGAGGAAGAACCUUCCGAGAACCACAAACCAGUGCCCACCCCCAAGGAGAAGAAGCUGGCCCGACGCCAGUCAAGGCUGAGGAAGAUUGCUUGCAUCCUCCUCUUUGGACUCAUGGUGGCGCUCUUGGGCGUGGUGGCCUGCCGCUUCACAGAUCUGAAGACCUUCGAGGUGUGCAGGAGUGUGAAUGCCGUGUAUAAGGAGACCCUCAGCGCUCUGCACAGUAACCCCGUGCUGGAAAGGUUCCUGCAGGACCCAUCCUCACAGUAGCGUGGGCAUUUUAAUUCAGUUGUGCAUUAAGUAGGGGGGCUUCGGCACCCCCCCGGUUCUAUUUGUAAAGUCACCAUCGGGUUUACAGUCUCUUUUGUCGAGGCUUAUGGUGGUCCCGGCCCUGUUGUUCAUCAGUGUUCUUCCUAAAAAUGUAUGAUUUGUGUUUAAUUAAAAGAAGAGUGAGUGUGUGUGUGUGUGUGUAAGGGGGUGGCUACCCCUCCUAGGUGUGGCUGGUUUCCCGCUCCCCUAUAUAUGUCAUUUUCUUUUUUUUUUUAAUCCCUAUGAGUUCCAAAGGGUUUUGCAACAUUUCAGAAAGGAAAAUGUCCAAGGGUUAAAUGGACUUUUUCUAAAGGAACGACCCCAUGGAAGCCCGAAUCUCUAAAGGGGGGGGGGGGGGGGGGGGGGGGGGGGGGGGGGUGGAGUUAAUUCCAUGUUUUGGGAGCCAUGCUUUACUUAUGGGGAGGAGUUAACUAAAAAAAAGUGUUUUUAAUCAUGAGCCCCGCCUUCCAUUAAGGGAGGAGCUACCUCCAUAUUUUGGGCCUUAUUCUAUUGUGCUUUGGAGGGACGGGUGGAGCUGGUCUCCAGAAGAAAACCUAAUACUAUGAAUAGAAGAUCAUUGCACGUAGGGCGGACACCCUACCCCAAGGUGCCAUGCUGCUUCAGGUUGUUCAAGUCAUUCACAAUGGUAUCGAUGUGUUACUGCCAUGUAUUAUACUGUGUAUUUGGUACAUCAGCACCAGCCUGACCAUCUGCCGCAGUCGAGAAUAAAUACGGUUUUGUUUA